AUGAGAAUUCUUGAAGAUAACUGUGUGAAUGACAACUCUCCUGAGACCAUAAGUGAAUUAUCUAAAUGCAUGGCUGAAUUCGCCAGAUACUUGAAGAUUCAAGAUCAAAUUCUGAGACAAAAAGCUAGAACCAGAUGGUUUGAAGAAGGAGAUGCCAACACAGCCUACCUCCACAGUAGUAUGCUCACUCAAGAUGCCCACACCUCUAACUUUGAUGCACUUGAUUAUAUUGAGAGGUGCAUUACCGAGGAAGACAACAACAUGCUUAUUGCCAUUCCAACCAUGCAAGAAAUCAGAGAUAAUGUGUUUUCCAUUGAUAAAGAUAGCGCCCCAGGCCCUGAUGGCCUAAGUGGAUGUUUCUACCAAACAACCUGGAGCAUCAUUUGUAAUGACCUUCAUAGAGUUAUUGAAGCUUUUUUCCAGGGGGCUAAACUUCCUAAACUUUUCACCCAUACCUGUUUAUUCAUGAUCCCUAAAAUUGACCACCCCCAGAAAUUCUCAAACCUUAGACCUAUUAGCCUCUGCAAUGUUUCCAGUACACUUAUCUCUAAGAUCCUCAAUAAUAGAAUUGCUACUAUCCUCCCCAAGAUCAUAUCUAAAAAUCAGUCUGGGUUUAUUAAAGGGAGGGCCAUUACUGAGAAUAUUUUGCUGGCUCAGGAAAUUAUCAAUGACAUUAAUAAACCUUCUAGAGGAGGAAAUGUUGUCAUAAAGCUAGAUAUGGCUAAAGCUUAUGACAGGGUAUAUUGGAACUUCUUAUGUAUGGCUCUGAAGAAGUUUGGUUUCUCCGAUUGGUGGAAACAUCUCGUUCAAAAUUUCAUCUCAAAUAUAUGGUAUUUUGUUAUAGUCAAUGGAGGUAGACAUGGUUUCUUUGAAUCCAGGAGAUGUUUGAGAACCUCCAUGAAAGAAGAGGAUACCAAGGGUUUUAUACGAGCAUUAAUGGUCCAAGAAUCAAUCACCUUUGCAGAUGAUACAAUUCUAUUCUGCAUGGUGGCUCAAGGCUAUUACAUGUAUGAAUCAUCAACACUUCCCCCAUCAAGAGGAAGAGCUAUUUUGAUUAGAGAUGUGCUACUAGCCUUACCAAUCUAUCUUCUUGCUGCUACAAACCCUCCUACGGGUACUAUUGAGGUCAUUAGAAAGUAUGUAGCAAGGAUCUUCUGGUCAGGACAAGAUACAGAGGGUAAGCAUAAUUGGGUUUCAUGGACCAAUCUUUGCUACCCCUAUGCUGAAGGAGGACCCAAUUUCAAAAGUCUCUCAGAUAUUUGUCAUGCUUUCCAAACAAAGCAAUGGUGGGCUCUAAGAACUUCUGACUCUCUUUGGAAGAAAUUUAUGGAAGCUAAAUUCUAUAACAAUUUACAUCCUACUAUGGCUCAAUGGAGUAGAAGGCAAUCCCAAAGCUGGAAAACUCUCUGCAAUAUCAAAGAAGAAGUGGACAACAUUAUUAUAUGGAACAUAGGAGGAGAAGAGGUGGCCUUCUGGUAUGACAACUAG